AAUAAUUAAAGCUUAGGCUGACGUAGGUGACACACUCGCCUGGGUUCACAGACUGCAUGUGUAGCUAACAACACUGCUGUUCCACUGACAGGAGGGACACAGGGCCCAGAAACCACUUUCUUUGUUCUCAGAGAUUUAUUUUUCACCAGAAUUGUAUUUCUAGUCAUGGAUUUGUUUCUGGAUUCUGGCUAAAUAUGACAGAUUUCUUUCUGUCAGUGUCUUCGAAGUCAAACUGGAUUUACCAAAUUUAAAGGACAAGGGAUUACUUGCUAUGUCUGUGACUGCCCUGUUUAGGGGCAAGUGGGGGCACAAGUCGCAGGAAACCCCAGAGAAGCAUCCAGCAGCUCUGGUCCAACCCAGCCAUGAGGACGAGGAUGACGAGGAUGAUUCCAGUGUUGGUUUCAACAGAGAUCCUAUCCGCAGGAACUCACGCUUUUACCGAUCAAUGAGAAAGAAGAGGCUGGUCUCAUCUGAGCAGUCUGAAUAUUCUCCCAAGACUGGUUUGGACCCCAGUCCGUCUAACAGAGCAGGACUCCUCUCCCCAAAUACUCCUUUACCCCCCAAAUCACCUUUUUUGCCCGGGGCUAGACGUCCUCAGCCUUCACCACAGCUACAUCAUUCCAAAACUGUGUUGCCAAGCAAUGGGGAGGCCAGCAGCAGACAUGCUCUGUACAACAGUGAUGCUGUGGAUAAGAGAAGAGGAGUGGGAGGAGGGAGGAGUAUGGACAUAUCCGCUGCCUCCAACAGCAAGCUUCAAGAUUUUGCAGCUGACAUGACCACUUACCGGACACACAACAUUCAUAGCGGGGAUAUAAAAAAGCUGUCGGAGCAAACAGCGGCAGUUUGCACUGUUAAGGAGGUCAGUGGGAAAACCAUGAGCUCACAACGAUCCAGUUCUAAUGGCGCAGACCAGGAUAACGCCAACCUCAGGUCUCUAAGCAAUGGAGCUCGCUCCCAGACAAUCUGCAACAGCCUCAGCAUCGUCAAAAACAUCGCAUUCCUGUACCAGGAAUACCGGGACACUUCCAAGCAGCAGGAGAUCGAGCAACGGCGGCAGCGUGAGAACCUUUGUCCAAGGGUCACACCAGAGACUGUGGUGGCAGGCUCUGGUGUCACGUCCCCUCCAGUGUUACAGCUGCAGCUGAGGAACAGUUCUCGGUCACUGAGCUUGUGGCAGAACCUGGAAGCUGUGCAGGCCAGCGGACUACUUAUGCAGUUACCGCAGAAAGAAAUCAUAAUGCAAGAGGCGACAUUUGAGCUCAUUACCUCAGAAGCAUCAUACUACAAAAGUUUGGAAAUUUUGGAGACUCACUUCCUACGUGACCCUGUUUUAAUCAACACUCUAAGCCAAUCCGAUGUGCAUUUUCUGUUCUCCAACAUCGAGGAAGUCAUGAAAGCCAGUGAAAGGUUCCUGAUGGAUCUUGAGCACCGAAUUGAGAAGUCAAUUUUGAUCCCUGAUGUGUGUGACAUUGUUUACCACCACGCUGUGGAACACUUCAGUGUCUUCAUCAAAUACGUCAUUAACCAGGUGUACCAGGAGAAGAACUACAGACGCAUUUUAGGAAACCAGGAUUUCGGGAGGGCCAUGGCCAGGGGAAACCCCCCACGUUCAGGGUGCCCUUUUCCCCUUUUCCUACCCUUCCUUUCAAGGAUCACAAGGCUCAAUUUCCCGAAAAAAACCCGAAAAAGCGACGAAAAUAGAGAGGGAAGCAAAGCUAUAAAAAAACAUGGGGCACGGACAGGUGGCUUGUCCAGGAAUACAAUAUCACAUGAUGUUCUAAGGUUAUGGAUUUAUGGUGUGUGUUUAUUUCUUCCUCAGAUUGUGAAAGAGUGUAAUGAGGGGGUGCGAAAAAUGAGUCGCACUGAGGAGCUAAUCAGCAUUGAGAAAACACUGGAGUUCAAAUCCAAGUCUGUGCCCAUCAUUUCCCACUCGCGCUGGUUGCUAAAGAAGGGUGAAGUGCAGCUAAUGGCUGGACCGAAGAGUACUAGGACCAUGCGGAGUCGUAAGCUUUACCAACCGGUGUACUUGUUCCUUUUUAACAAUCUGCUGCUGGUCACCAAGCGCAGCUCAAGUGGGGAGAAGUUCCAGGUUCUUGACUCAUGCACACGGGCCAUGUUGAGGACUGAAGAUCUUGAAGACCAGGGCCAGCUACUGGCCAAUGUCUUUAAUCUUAAACUGCUGGAGAACCAAGAGGAGCGUCCAGUCAGCUACAUGCUCAAGACCUGCAGCAUGAGUGAUAAGCUUCGAUGGAUGUGUGCUCUUACUCCUAACCGACGCACACGCUUUAUGUCUACUAGUGCCCACCAACCAGACUCUCCACAGGUGCAGUGUAUUCAGUCGUACUCGUCUCAGGAACCAGAUGAACUCUCCAUUGAGAUGGCUGAUGUUUUGAACCUCCUAGAGAGAACAGACGAUGGCUGGAUGAUGGGUGAAAGGCUCCAUGAUGGCGAAAGGGGCUGGUUCCCUAGUCGAGUAGUAGAGGAGAUCCAGAGCAAGGAGGUCCGAGCUCAGAAUCUGAGAGAGGCCAUCAGAAUUCUGCAGGCCCAUGAAGGUGGAGGAGGCCCGCCAACUGGAACCAGGAGUGGUGUAAGGGUGGGGAGACGAACCCCACGGGCCUCCAACUUCUCCAACCCUUGAAUUGAUCAAAUGAGGGAGAGCAGUAGAGUAAAUAAGUGAACCAGUAAAAGUGAUGAAUGUCACCAUUAACAGUGGUGAAUGUGCACUAAAAGAACUAAUCAGGAUACAUGUGACUUAAAUCCCAUACAAUGGCAUUUUGUCCUUUUGAUUUUCACUUUUAGAAAUCCAAAUGAUCAACGUGCUUGAGUCAAUAACCUUGUACAAGCAAUGCUGCAUGUCUCAUAUAAAUGUCUACUGAAGGUGUUUGUAGGCCCAAACACUGUGGUGUGUAAUGCAUGGAGGAAAGCUCUGUGUUUCGUAAGGAGCUGUGUGCAAGGAUGGCAAGAAUCCUAAAAAUCUUGUAAAGGUACUGUACACAUUAGUGAUGGACAAAUAAAGCAUCAUGAAGGUUUGUGAGCCAUUUUUUGUAUUUUUUAAGCCCACUAGAUGGCUCUCUCUGGUCAACAAAAGGUUGAAAUCACACUGAGUUGCCACUCCUUAAGCCAUUUCUUUAAACAAAAGAGUGGCAUCUAGUGACCUCAGAAAAUAAAUAAUAUGCUCCAUGAGGCUUCUUUUGCCCAUCACUACUAAACAUUCCUCAUCUGCAUGGGCACGUUUUAAAAUUUGAAUGUGUUAAUUUAAUUGUAAAAUAUCUUUUAUCCCACAACACAAAUGCAACUAGACAAAAUAAAACAAGCUGCAAAAAUCAAAAUCGGUGCUUUAAAUGUCUAAUAAAAUUGUAUUGUAUAAAAAUUAGCAAUGAUUAUUUUAAAAAUCUGUCUAUGAAUAUUUGAAAAAUUAGUCAGCUAAAGUGAUACAGCACCCAAAUCUAGUUGAGUGUGAAACACUGACUACAGCCGGACCUGAUUGCUGGCUGUAAAAGAUUAAUUGCUUAAUUAUGGAGAAGAAGAAGCAAGCCAAAAAGUCAUAAUGUAGUUUUAAUGAAAACUCAACUCCUGGCAAAUGUUCCUGGUGUUCUUAACUACUGUUUUAGAAGGACAAUAACGAGAGUGGUAAACUAUUAACUAACUGAGUUUUCUUUAAGUGCUAUGCAUUGGACGUUAGGGUUCCCCCACCUGCCAGAUCCCACUUUACCCCCUGCGGACAACAGUAUUUCACAGCAAUCACUGCAUAUGAUUAAAUAAAUUUCAUUGAACUUGUAGAGUUAAUUUGUUCAUAACAUAGAGCUAUGUGUAAAUGUAACAAAGACAUUAGAAAAUGAUUGCAGUUUUAUAGUGACAUGUACUUGGAAAGGUGAUGCAACGAAGACAGAUAUGAGUUUCUUUAUUUGAUGCUAUGUAAACUAAUAUAUUACCAAUUGCAGCUUGGACUGAGUUUACAAUUUGUCCUCCUGAUUUUCUACCUGCCAUGUAUCCAAGCAACUUCAAAUUUUUUUUAAGCCUGCGGUGUUUAAUACUGACUGGAAUAUCACUUUAGUCAAUAUAACAGGAGUACACACACACACAGAAUAAAUAAAUCCUGAACAACAAUUUAAUGCCAAAUAACUGCAAUAUGUCGUAACUGUAUAAAAUGUAUCAACACUAUGAGCUAUGGAUCAGCAUGAUUGUAAAGCCUUGUGUCUUUAAAUAUGGCAUGUGUACUGUAAUGCAAACAUGUGAUGUUCAAGCUAAUAAUUACUAAAUAAUUGUUAUUUUAUUUUGUAAGAUUAAAUUAUUGUUCAUAAAAAAGCAUUAAU